AUGGCUGCGCCAUAUCUUCAGCAAAGAAAGGGCUCCUUCCCAGUCCUGCUGGUGGCGCCGCACGCGACCGUCGACCUGGAGCCAGUGGGGCCUUUCAUCAAGGGAUGGCCCCACAACAAGCUCGAGGUGGCGGAAGAGAUGAACGAAUGGCACGACGAGGGCAGUGGCGAGGCCUUCGAGGCAGCGUGCCGGACGUUGGCAGCGCCAGGAUAUCGGCCGCUGCUUCCCAGGGGCCUGAUGGAUUUGAACCGGGGCUGGAAAGGGCGAGAGCAAGCAUCCACUGAGACCUUAUUCAGCAAAGGGGCCAUCAGUGCGUGGGGCCUUCAACAUCUACAACAGGGUGCCUUGGAGUCCCUGGAACAACGCUACCGUGGCGCCUUGGAGGAGCUACGCCAAGCUUCCAAAGAGGUGCGCGGCUUUGUGGAGAUGCACAGCUUUGGUGAUUUGGGAUCCACCUAUGACCGGCAAAAUGGCGGCCGCCCCUUGCGCCGCUCCGAAGCAGCGGUGGUGCUGUCGACCCCUUGGGCCACGCAAUUUCCCGUGGGCCUGGCCCGGCUGCUGCCGGGCGACCUGCGGGGAACGCCCAAGAAGCUCGAGAGGAUCUUGGAUUUGGAGCUCGAGGAGAAGGGAUUCAGACUGGGGCCAAGCCCUUACCCCAUCCAGGGGCCUUGGGCCAUUUCCACUCGCUUUUUGGCCGCUCGUUGGUUUCAGUGGCUGGCUCAGAAAGGCCAUCUUCCGGCCGAGACGUCCGAGCACCUGUCGAUGCUGGCCUGGGUCAAUGAGCAGGAUGCGGAGGCGGAGGCUGUAGCAACAGGGCAGGUGCCGGAACAUGGCAAGCUGCGCGGGGUCAGAGACCUGGCGGUGAAGAUGGGAGAGUGGUCGCAUUCGGCUAGCAAUUUGGGAGAGGUCUUCCAACAGGAGGCCCGCUGCUUUACAUUGGUCGUCGAGAUGAGAUGUGAUUUGGCGCCAAGGGCAGAGUCUUUUGGAUUGGCGGUAGCCGCGGCGCUGCACAAGUACAGCGCAGAGCAGUGA